UUUAAUUGUCCAUUUUUACUUUUUGGUUUAGUUCUGUUGGUUGGCUGAUAGCUUGUUUGACUUGCUUCAGUGAACGGGAAAUGGAAUCUGCGUCUACGAAAAAGGUCUGCUACUAUUAUGACGGUGAUAUUGGAAAUUAUUAUUAUGGUCAAGGACAUCCCAUGAAACCGCAUCGCAUAAGGAUGACCCACAAUCUUCUUCUUAAUUAUGGUUUAUAUAGAAAAAUGGAAGUUUAUAGGCCAUCUAAAGCAUACAGCGAAGAUAUGACAAGAUUCCAUAGUGACGAAUAUGUCAAAUUCUUGAAGAAUGUAAGACCAGACAAUAUGCAUGAAUUUAAUAAACAAAUGCAACGUUUCAAUGUUGGCGAAGAUUGUCCAGUCUUUGAUGGACUUUUCGAAUUUUGCCAGUUAUCAGCUGGUGGUUCUAUUGCUGCAGCCGUGAAACUGAACAAACAGCAAACUGACAUCGCCAUUAACUGGGGCGGCGGUCUCCAUCAUGCAAAGAAAUCUGAGGCGUCAGGAUUCUGCUAUAUCAAUGAUAUUGUAAUAGGGAUUUUAGAACUUCUGAAAUAUCACCAAAGAGUUCUCUAUGUGGAUAUUGAUAUUCAUCAUGGUGAUGGUGUUGAAGAAGCUUUCUAUACUACUGAUAGAGUAAUGACCGUUAGCUUCCACAAGUACGGCGAGUAUUUUCCUGGAACUGGUGAUCUAAAAGAUAUUGGUGCUGGUCGUGGUAAAUAUUACGCUGUCAAUUGUCCACUGAGAGAUGGGAUGGAUGAUGAUUGCUACGAGCGUAUUUUUAAGCCUGUCGUAACGAAAGUUAUGGAAACUUUUCGACCCGGGGCCGUUGUCUUACAGUGUGGUGCUGACUCAUUAUGUGGUGAUCGACUUGGGUGUUUCAAUCUUAGUCUGAAAGGCCACGGAAAAUGCGUCGAAUUUAUCCGCUCAUUUCCUUUACCGCUUCUUCUUGUAGGAGGUGGUGGUUAUACAAUCCGGAAUGUUGCCAGAUGCUGGACUAAUGAAACAUCUAUUGCCCUUGCAACUGAGAUCCCCAAUGAUUUACCCUACAAUGAUUAUUAUGAGUAUUUCGGCCCUGACUUCAAGCUGCAUAUAAGUCCGAGCAAUAUGGCUAAUCAGAAUACUAAUGAAUAUCUUGAGCAUAUAAAAACGAAACUAUUUGAAAAUCUGCGAAUGAUACCUCACUGUCCUAGUGUUCAGAUGCAAGGUACGUCUUAUGUUUAACUGUUAGUAAAUAUUUACUAAAUACGGUUUUCACUAGAUGUACUUUCCUAUCCUUCAAGCUGUACCGAAAUACUUAGUCCUCACUAAUUUAAAAUCGGAUUAUUGGACUGAUUCUUCAAAGUAACUGGUCAGGAUGUCUAGCGUUUCGGAUUAGUUAGCUUUUAACGUCUUUUCCCAUAUCAGGGGUUCAAAGUAGUGCUAGUGUUAAAACAACAGUUACCUUGUUAUGACCCUGUUUAUCUGACUGGUCAGAUCCAACUGAUUGUCUUCCCUUACUGUUUACAGUAAUGAGAUUAAUUGCUAUGGAUAUGAUUUUAAAUUGUUAGUGUAAAGAAACCCCCCGAUCUAUCACUUUUCAUCACACUUUAAAACUGCGAAUAGAUACAACUCAUUUGAUCUUUCUAUAUAUAUGUAUAUAUACUGUGUUGUCAAACACUAUUUGUUCAGUAGUGGAGGCAUUAAGUUUAUUAUAUCCUAUGUAUGAUGCCUGAGAGCGAAAUUUUUCCCUACAACGGAUCGAUAGAAUAUGAUGAAACCUUGUAGCAAGUAUUUUUCUGGUCAGCUACAACGUAGGAUCUGGCACAUAUAUGCAUCGGUCCAAGUUGCCAUACACCAAAUUCAUAAAAGCAGUUGUUUCUAUGGUAGACAACAAGCCAUAUCACCCAGAUUCUUCAACCAAUGGUUACAAUAGUUGCGAGGACCCAACCGAGUAGUCUGCAUCUAACGACAUGGUUUAUACUGGAAGUUAGUGACUUUAUGGACUGAUGCCACGUUUUGAUUUGACCGCUCCUAACUCUUCCGUCUCCAACAUUAGUCAGCAUUGCACGCCAAAGUAAUCGGUUGUUUGGCAUGCAUAAUGCUCGCCUUAACCAUCUCAGUCGGCGAAGAUUCACAACCUCAUCAACUAAUUUACUAUCAUCCCCUAAUACUCUACAUCUAACCUCACCAUUACUUAUAGAUGGUGUAUGAACCAAUUAUUGGUCUUUUCAAAAAUUUCAUGUAAUUAGUUUCCUUUAUGAAUUUAAAUAAAGCAAGAACAAAUAUUGAUGCAGAAUUGUAUAAAUUCAUAAUAUUUCGAGGUUUCUCGUCAGCCGCUUACAACCAAAUAUGUAAUAGAAUUUUACAUUGAGAUAAGAAAUAGUGUGAAACAAUUGACAUAAAUGAGUGUAAAUGAUUGGAAUGACAAAGGUUUACAAUAAUAACUAUAUAUAUAUAUAUAAGAACAGGUCAGAGGUUAGUUGGUGUUAGAAUUAAGGAAACAAUUCAGGAUGGGUGGUGUAGUAGUUGAGUGGAGUACUCUUCUCUCAGUCCUUCCAAUGUAUGUGCUAUGGCACGUACAUGUGAAUUGGCAAAUGCAGCUGGAGCUACUGAGAAAAGAGGACUUGUCGAUUUUAGUUUGUUUGAGUGAGCAGUUCGUUUCCACUCCACCUGGAGAGUUUACCCUGGUAAUCCAUUUUUGUUUUAUUUUUAUUGUUUAUUUAUUUUAAAAUAUUUUGUGUUAUAUUCUUUCCCCAUUACCGAAUUCUUAAACCAACUUUUCAUUCACACAUUUCCUCCCACUUACCCUCUUAAAUUAUGUUAACCUUUCAAACUCCACUCAACUACUACACCACCCAUCCUGAAUUGUUUCCUUAAUUCUAACACCAACUAACCUCUGACCUGUUCUUAUAUAUAUAUAUAGUUAUUAUUGUAAACCUUUGUCAUUCCAAUCAUUUACACUCAUUUAUGUCAAUUGUUUCACACUAUUUCUUAUCUCAAUGUAAAAUUCUAUUACAUAUUUGGUUGUAAGCGGCUGACGAGAAACCUCGAAAUAUUAUGAAUUUAUACAAUUCUGCAUCAAUAUUUGUUCUUGCUUUAUUUUAAUUUCAAUUAUUGGUCACAAGCUACCAUUGAACUGCGUCCCCUGACGUUGUUCCAAUGCCUUGUGGAUCAAACUCCGGGUGUGGCCCCUUAAGAAAACCACCUGCUACGGUUUGGGCACCGAAUAGUAUCGCAGCCCGCACACAAAUCAAGUGACUUGUGUGGCGCAUAUGUAAUCAGUGCCCCUUUGUACCAAUAUUUGUGUUCAAAGUAAAAUAAUGACUUACCUGGUCAUCCCAGAAGAUUCUGGCAAUAUUUCUGAGACAUCUGUGAUCAAAUACUAGUAACUUACGAGUAUCUGGUUUUUUUGUGUUUGCAGUCCACGAAUAUUUUUUGGGCGUGCGAUAAUUAUUGAGGUUAGUAUUUUAGAUGCUAUGUUAGUUAAACUAUUCCGUCUAUGGUUACCACGGGGUGAUUUUGACCCCUUAUAUAUUGAAACGAUCAGUCAGAUGGGAUUACGUCCAACUCCUAGAUUUUAGCUUAAAUAUUUGUCAACCUAAUCGCUAAAACUAGACCACCAUUCGUAAAGACCUCUGGAGUUAAUCCAUCUGGACCAGCUGUUCUUCCUCGUUUCAGAUCAGCUAUAGCUUUUUAAACUUCAAUUAGAGUUUGGGGACCUAUUUUUAUGUUCUAAUCAGGCUUCUUGGAAAUAGUGGGUGGCUGUAGAGUAGAUGAAGUGCUCCUUAAAGUGUCUCACCUAUCUUUCUAAACAUGUGGGCUUACGUUGUAGCUGACUGACUGACUCUUAAUUCCAGUUUCUUUUAUUAGUCUGAAAAGCCGUCUUAUGUUACCUACAGCCAUUGCCUUUUCCAUCUCUUGCUUUCUUUGCCCACCACUGCUUACGAUCGGUCCUUAGACUUUUGGUUAAUCUAGAUCUGAUUUGUUUUCGCACGUCAUCAUGUUCGGAACCUUAUGGGAUUUUCGCUAAACCAUAUUUUUCACCUUCAUGAAAUAUACAGUUCCUUUAAGAUAGAUUUAUUCACUAGAUUAAGUCAUUUUUGUACCAGUAUUUUGGGAGCAGAAAUAUGCUCGGUGUCAGUAUUUAAUGUUUGUCUACAUUUUACAAUAAUAUUCAGCACUCAGUUAUCGUAUUAUGUAACUUGACCGUUAGACAUUCCGGAUGACAUUGUCGAUUUUGACGAAAAUGAUGCUGUUGCAAAAGAUUUAGCUGAUCCAGACAAGAGGAUUUCAAUAAUGGCUGCGGAUAAAGCCAUCAUGCCCAAUAAUGAGUUUUUCGACGAUCCAGAAGAAGGUUCUGGGCUUGGAGGCACCACACUUCGAUCAGGCAAAUCAGCUUCACGAGAUGUUCAAAAUCACCGAGACCAACCAAAACGCGCACGCACGGAUGAAGAUGCCAGUUCAUCCACCACGAAAUCAAACAGUAAAGAAGGAAGUGGAUCUAAAAAGUCAGAUUCUACUAGUGACAAGGUAAAAUCAAUUUGUCAUCACUGAUUUCUAUGAUUACUUAUGAUAGUUAGAUGUUAUGUCCCCUAUUGUAGACCACUUUUUUAGUUAACUGUCAUCAUCGUACUAUUGAAAUGUGUCAAGUAAUUACUUUUUUAGGUAUGUAGUUUGUUAGUAUGUGUUGAAUGUCGCUCUCACUAGUGUUUAGAACUAAACAAUAAAUACGAUUGACACUAAUGAAUGUACUGAUCCCCACAUGUUUCAUACUUCUGUACCUUUCAAGAUGUUUGGGUGGCGUAGUGAAGAUCGAUAUUCCUGUACCCAUUUUGAAAUGUAGUUGUUCAUAAUCGUUUCAUACUGUUUUCAAUAUGUUAUCUCUAGCACAAAAUUAGAAGACCUUCCUGAGAUCGCACUUGGAUACUUUCAUCUCGUUGACCACAUUUCCAGUUCAACCAAAUUACUAAUAAUAGAGCCAUAUUGUAUCUAUCAGCAACUGUUAUCUGUUUAGUGACUUGAUUAGUUCAUGUUGGAGAGUUUGUAGUAGUAAUAAUCUGAGAUUUUAUUCAUCCUUCUUAAUCUGUUUAUAUUUCCCAUAACUGGUCAUUCUAGCGUUUCUUCUGUCUUAUUGUGUCCUACAAAAUAAGUCAAUAAUAUUUCAUAAACUGAUCAUUUGAUUUGCAUUGUUUGCUUGGUCAUUUUACAACAUGCAGAUCUUGUUGUGGUCAUCAUGCUCAAACGAUUCAUUUAAAUUAUGCAUUCUCUUGGAAUUCACAUCAAUGAGAGUUGUGUUUUUUUCUCAUUCUUAUACACAAUUGAUUAGUGGGAGAUCUGAUAGAAUGGCACUUAACACUUCUGUUCGGUUUUAGGUUCAUGUGAUCUUGUCCUCGCUUUUAGGUAACCGUCUAUCCAUUUCCAUUGCUAACUAAAUAUCUACAACACUAUCGAACUGAACUACUAAAUAAUUCUUUAUGACAAUUACUUUCAGCAAACCGUGGUAAUUCAACGUCCUUUGUUCAUUAAUUGUCCUAAUCGUUGAAUUGACUACUGUUUGGCGAAGCAGUUGCCAUUAAGAGACAAACCAAAUUUGUGUAUCUAAAAUUAUUCAGUUACCAAUCUUGGUCUGCGUUUGUGAACUCAUUCACAAAUGUUUAUUAUGCAAUUUUUUCAUGACACUAAUUAUUAAUACUAACUUAUUAUCUGAUCUGUACUCAGUCAAUUUCGUUUUAAGGGUUACAUACCUAUAGCAUUAAUAUCUUAUUUCUAAAUAAUUUUGUUUCUAUAUUUUCAGUCAUUCAUACAAGAAUAUUUUUAUAUUCACAUUAUUUAACAUAUGAACACUUAUAGUUCUUCAAUAGUUAUUGCUUUUUUCAUUAAUCCUUAUUGUUGAUAACACUUCUGAUACUACGAUAUAAAGCGUGUACACGGAUUUUUAAUGAUUAGUACUAUUAUGUUUAGGCUGUAAGCAGCUGACUAGAAACCGCGAAAUAUGGUGGAUUCAUGUUAUUCUGUUACAUUAAUUUUUCUUGCCUUAUUCAAAUUUAUAAAUGGGAGGAAUUGUAUUAAACUAACUUUUACAGGAUCAAAAAUUCCCAUUAGUAAGUCAUUAGGAGAUAGUAAUCUGUUUCAACAAGCUCGUAUCUCUGACUUGCCCAGAAACCACAUAGUACUUGGUCAUAUCAUAAAUAAUAGUGAUUCUCGUCACUGGCUUAUUUGUAUGUGGUGAUAAAGACUCAUUUCCUUUUGGUUAUGGAUAUUCAUUUGGUUGUGUGAAUUGAGUGCGGAGUUUGACGAAAGUCAGAUAAGUUUACGCUUAAAAACAAUACGACUUGCCUAUUAAUAAAAUUAAUCUUUACGAUAAAAUCGAACACUUGUAUUCAUACAUGAUUAUUAGUCAUUUAAUCAUAAACUACCAUAGAAUACGAGUUUAGAGGUUAAAUCUAUCAUUAGAAUUGAGAUUUGAACAUUUGGCUUAACUCUCGCUCGUUUUAACUUUAUCAAUCAUUUAAUAAUUUCUCGUUUUAGCGUUCGGAGUCCAAAAGCGAUUUUGUAGAAAAAUGGAGGUUGAUUUAUCUAAAAAGCCAACGGUCUAAUAGAACCGGAGCGAGCUGCUAAUUAACUGGGUUUCUGUCACAUUGUUUACUCUUAAUAAUUUUUGUAAAUGUCUUUGUCCCUGUCUUCUUUUAUACAAAUAAUCCCCGUGAUUCACAUGAAUGUCAUGUUUAUGAUAUCCUGUGUUCAUUGUUUGUUUGACAUCUAACUAUAUGUAUUCUCUCUUCUUAUUUUCCGGAAUUGCCUGUCAUAUUGUACGCAUUUAUUCGACUUAAAUACUACUAAAUUGUACAGUUCCUGCAAAAGUAUACCAUUUGCUAUUCUAAUGUUCAGUGAAUUCAAUUUUGCUUAUAUGUUUUAUGAUAAAGGUAGGUAAUAAAAAUUUACAGUAUUCAAAUGACCACUUUUCUGUAAUUCAAAAAUAUAUCGACCAGCUGGCAGCAGGGUGGAAAAUCAGUUUCCGAACAAAUUAUUCAUUUUGUACAGUUUUGUUUAGAAAAUGAGUACGUAAAUAAACAGCAACAUUUCACUGAAUCACUUCAAAGUAGUGUUCUUUUAGUUAGCGAAAGUUAAGCUAUAUUAAUAAGUGCUACUGGAAUAAGAAAGGUUAGUUUGAUGUAUACGAAAACUUAUUGUCUAUUUGAACUUACAUUUCUAUGCAUUAACAACAGGUUUAGUCACAGAAGAAUAUACAUGCCUCUUAUGCGAAUACCCAGUUAUAACAGCUACAUGUUAUUAGUUUCCGAAAUAAAAGGAGCACAAUAAUACUGUUUUGUGAUACAACUAAUCGUGAAUUUUAAAAUGACUUGUACGUUACGAUCUGUAAAGUAAGUAUCCAUUGUUUAUAAAGCUGUAUCUCGUACUAUUUCUAACUUUCACGUUGAAAAAUCUACAGUGAGUUUAUGGGACACUCACUAUGCAAACAUUUAAUGUCAGAAAUUAAUAUGGGAGAAUAACGAUUACUUACUGACUACUUUGAAAAAUAUGAAGAAUAUUUGUAGAACUUAGUCCAUUUCGGUGACGAAGUUCUGGUUAUCCUACUUGAGUUUACCCAUGAAGUUUUGUUAGAGCAAAUGGUUGUGUCCAAACAUAGAUGCUUCCAUAUUUUCAGCGGUGGCCUAGCUUAGAAUUCAACUGAUAAAAUUACUAUAAUCUCCACAAACCCCAAUUUUGAUAAUAAGUAGAAUGUGGUGCAACAGAAGGGAUAAGUAAGUAAUAUGAGUGAAGGAUCCAAUUUUCGUUUGUUUGGUGGUAGCCUUUCUGAUAUUUCGCCAUCGGAAAUUGUUGUCACGUAAUCUUAGAACUAAUUUGAUUGAUAUGUUUUACAGUGAGUCUCUAAUACUUUGGCCUCACUACAAGUCUUUGUAAUUCCAAUAGAUAAGUAUGGUUGUGAUGUGUAUGCUUUUAUGUAGAACUCAAAUUGUUUCUCUAGUCAUAUACAGGAACUAAAGGUAAAUUAAACACAGUACUUAAAGUUCUCAAAUAUGUUUUAGCAUCUGAUAUUUGUUUAUGUAGAAUUUGUACUAACUGAUUAUUCCUGUGCCAGAUAAUUACGAAUUCCGAAUAUAACACGUUCAUUAGUGCUCAUCUAGCUUAAAUUAUAUUCGUGGCGACAGUGAAAUGUCGCUGAUCUCUAUUCAAAUCAUCCGGCAGUUGAGUCACUUAAUAUCGAAAAGAUCAUCAAUCCCUGUCAAGCACAUUCAACGCGAAUCGGUUAAUCGUACACCAUGGUUGUGAUGUGUAUGUUUUUGUGUAGGACUUUGUCUGUUCAUAACAAAUGACUAGAAAUUAUCAGUUAAAUGUCAACUGGAAGUUGUCCAAUUCGCUUUUUUGCAUUUCCGCUCAUGCCUAGGAUAUCAUAGAUCGAGCAAACUCUGUCACUGUAGUUUUCACGCGAUUUAUAAGUCAGUCCCGUGCUUACGAAUCUGUUAUCAGGAUGUUGGAUGAGACCUCACAAUUAUUUUCGUUAAACUCGAAUAACGCUAUUUAUUAAGUAGACUACUGGAUAGUGUCAUAAAUGAUAAGUUUCAAUAGGUACAUGGCAAGGGUAUUUUCGAUACAUCGCUAAGUAACAUACUAAUUUAAGAGCGGAAAAUGACAUGAGAACAGUUACUGAGUAGAAACGAGAGCUUACAAUUAGAAAAAUGUAAAAGUUACGUAUGACAGCUAUUUGAUAAAUUUUUGUCAAGAAUGUAGUAGCUACUUCGCAAAAGAACGACCACUCGAACUUCGUGGACUUUGUUUAUUUCUAGAAGCGGUCGACCCAUUGAUUCAGGCUCUAGGUAACCGCUAUGGACAGUCUAUGUAACACAGCUCAAAAUGCUGGAUGAUUAGAUUUGACCCUCGGUAAGAGUUACACCCUGAUAUGCAGCGCUCACUCACCAUAUCAAGGAAAUAAUGAAUGAAAGCGCUUUGAAUAUUACAGUGUGAUGGACAUGAUUUGUCCAUAGUUGACUAAAUGCUCCAGAAUAGUCUUUCUAAAAUAAUCUACACAUUCAAAGGAAUUAAAUCGAAGGGAGGUCGAAUCAAAAACUUAUGCACUGCUGAGGUAUUGGCAUUUCACCAACUGAAGCCUGAAAUCUGCGUGCAAAUACAAUAAGACCAACCUCUCAUCCUUCUUUGACCCCAAUUCCAUUUUUGUAGUAUGUUUUAGUUAAUUUUUCUAAAUCAGUGUUUUGUAAUUUUACACCGCAAUCAGUUACUAUUAUCCUUUAAUAGUUUUUCAUGAUUAUUAUUCAGUUAUUAUUACGACCUUUGUGUUUUUCAUUUUUCCUCACAUUUGUCAAGAGGACAGUUAUCUUUGUAGUAGUAAAUAAAUCCCUGGAAUCAAUAACUCUGUAAGUCUUCGACGUUUGAUACUGGCCAAGUUAAUUUGGAUGGACUCACCUAGCUGAAGUCACGCAUCCGCACCAGAUCACGAGUGAGAACGCUGUGCUUCACAUCUAUGACCACUAGCCAGUUUAGAUUAGUCAAUUCUCGAUAUAUCGAUAUUCU